AUGGGUUUCUUUAGUUGUUGGUCUUUUUUGUGGGAUAUUUUCCACAACGAUAAGCAUCUAUCAACUGUUAUAGAAACCGAAGGUUGUCAGAGAAUCGGAUCUAGGAUCUGUGAUUUGCCGGACGAUUUGCUCUUGCGGAUCUUGCACUACGUCCAGACAAAAGAUGCAGUCGCCACUUCAAUCUUGUCUAAACGAUGGCGUUAUGUCUGGACGAUGCUGCCUAGGCUCGAGUUCAAAGACGAUGGCAGCGAGAGCGUUGGGUGGUUUACUGAAAAGUCAUUGCAACUCCAUAAGGCACCGAAACUAUAUAGUUUGAUUGUCGAAGUUGGUCCACAUUGUCCUGUUGACGUUGAUGUCGGAAAGUGGGUUGAGAACGCAGUUAAUAGAGGUGUGGAAGUGUUAGAUUUCAAGCUCCUAUGGACCGCACAGCCCACAAGCUUUCCUAAGUGCCUUUACACAUGCGACACGCUCGUUGAAUUAGCUCUAUCCAACGAGAUUCUAGUGGAUGUUUCCUCUCCGGCGUUCCUACCAUCUCUCUUAUAUUUGAGUCUUCACGACGUGGUGUAUAAAGACGACGAAUCUCUUGUUAGGCUUUUAUCAAGUUCCCCUGUUCUCAAGUUGCUGUCGGUGUAUCGACAUGAGGAUGACACCUUGAAAUACUUUACAGUGAAAGUUUCUUCCUUAGAAACAUUAUUCUAUAGGACUAAUUGGCGGAGGAAUUAUUUUGACGUUGAUGAGGUAGAGGAGGAUCAAGCAGUGGAUGAUGAGUAUCUCAUUGGAUCGUUGUUCAUAGAUUCCCCCGCAUUAAAAAAAUUGUACUUCAACGAUGCUUGGGAUCUCGUGAUAGAUAAUAUGCCUUGCCUUGAUGUGGCAUCAUUCAGCUAUGUUCAUAACCCCAGUGACAAGUUUCUGCAAUCUCUUUCUUCUGUCAUACAUCUGGAUUUUCUUUUGACCAAAGCAAUGGCUGCAUGCUGUAGCGCCACCAAGUUCUCUCGGCUCACUGAGAUUUACUUUUAUCCAGAUAACUCAGUAGAUUGGUUGGAACCACUUAUGUCCUUGCUUCAAAAUUCUCCUAAACUAAAAUCGCUUACUAUCGAAACGUGCAUCGAAGGUCUUCCACCAUCCUGGAAUCAGCCGAGUUCUAUUCCCGAAUGCUUGUCAUCUCAUCUAGAGAUCUUUUUCUGGAAAGGCUAUGGAGGAAGAGGAGAUGAAAGACAACUAGUGACAUACAUUCUUGCUAACUCAAAGUGUCUAAAGACAGUCGAGAUCUCCUUCAUAGCAACCUCUAAUCCUGAAGAUACACAAAAAGAGUUGGAAUCUAUGCCUAGGAUUUCAACAUCAUCUCGGCUUGUGUUCCCCACGCAACUCAAAUGAAAUGGAUGUUUGACGGAAUAACGUAUUGCCCAUGUGACACAACUCACAAUUAUUCUCAUUGCUACUUUUUAUUUAUUUAUU